AUGGAUGUCACCAUAUCUCAGUUCAUCUUAGAAGAAUUUGAUGUUAACUGCAGCCUCCUGGAUCGUUUACAAGAGACUUUUUUAGAGAGUUCCUCUAUCCCUUUCCUGGGCUUUGAUGGUCCGUACUGCAAUGCCACCACUGAUCAGAUCGGGACCUGCUGGCCCAGAACCUCUGCAGGGGAACUGGUAGAGAGACCCUGCCCGGAGUUCUUCAAUGGGAUCAAAUACAACACCACGAGAAAUGCCUACAGAGAAUGCCUGGGCAAUGGGACAUGGGCUUCCAAGAUAAACUACUCUCAGUGCGAGCCUAUUCUGGACGACAAGAGGAAGUAUGCGCUCCAUUACAAGAUUGCUCUCAUCAUAAACUACCUGGGGCACUGUAUAUCAGUAGGGGCCCUUAUAGUUGCCUUUAUGCUUUUCUUGUGCUUGAGGAGUAUCAGAUGCCUGCGGAAUAUUAUCCACUGGAACCUGAUCACCACAUUCAUCCUGAGGAAUGUGAUGUGGUUUCUGCUUCAAAUGAUUGAUCACAAUAUACAUGAAAGCAAUGAACCCUGGUGUCGAUGUAUUACCACUGUCUACAAUUAUUUUGUGGUGACCAACUUCUUCUGGAUGUUUGUGGAAGGCUGCUACUUACACACAGCUAUAGUGAUGACUUACUCCACAGAUAAGCUGCGGAAAUGGGUCUUUCUCUUCAUAGGAUGGUGUAUUCCUUGCCCAAUCAUCAUCGCCUGGGCCAUUGGCAAGCUUUAUUAUGAAAAUGAACAAUGCUGGUUUGGAAAAGAGCCAGGGAAAUAUAUCGAUUACAUCUAUCAAGGGCCAGUGAUUCUUGUUCUUCUGAUAAAUUUUGUAUUCCUAUUUAACAUAGUUAGGAUUUUAAUGACAAAGCUGAGAGCUUCAACCACUUCAGAAACAAUACAGUACAGGUAAGUCAGCUGGUGCUUCU